AUGACGAAUUCGAAUCAAGAUAUAAGCGUAAAACUCAUAAAUAAGGGAAUUUUUCGAAGAUUUAUUCUUCGUAAAACAGCUGACUCAGAUUUAUUUAGUGAACUCCUCAAAAAGGUUCAAAUGUUUGAUCCAGAAUUCAGUGGACAUCUCGCCUGGCAAGAUUCGGAUGGUGAUUUAAUUCUAUUCUCAAGCGAAGAAGAACUGUUGCACGCAAUAAGAAUUCAGUCUUGUGAUGUAUUCCGAAUUGUUACUGUUGAUCAAAAUGGCCGUAUAUUGGAACGUGAAAACGGUACAACGAAUAAACGAUCGAAAAUUGGAGAAGAUUAUCAGAAAGAUAAACGAGCGAAGACUGGAGAAGAUUAUCAGAAAAUUAGCGAAACGGAAGGAAUAAACCUAUUGAUAAUUUGUGAUUAUUGCGAUCGUUCUAUUGAUGGAAUUCUUUAUGAAUGCGUGAUUUGCUCUGAUUUUCAUUUAUGCGGUAAUUGUGAAAAACGUGGUUCACACGGCAAUCAUCCAUUAAUACGUUAUGCUAAUUUGAAUACGCCACGUAUCGGAAAAUUUAUGAAAUCAUUGAUAAAUGAGAAAAAUUAUCAAUGUUUAAAUAAUCAUUCUUCGGCAAUCAAAUGCGUUGAUAUUUUUGAAAAAUUUUAUAUCGAUAAACAUAAGAAAAAAUCUACGCAAAAAAUUAAAAAAUGUCCAUUAACAAAGAUUUGCGCAGAUGAAUUCAAUAAAACAAUCAAUAAUCAAAAAAAUUUGGAGAAAAAAAAUAAUGAAAAUUCUACGGAACAAAUUCGUUUAAAAAUGGGUGAAUGUUGGAAACGAAAACAUCGACUAAAUGGUUCAGUUCAAAAAACUAGCAGAAAUAUUAAGGCAAAAGCGAAUUCAAAUUCGAUGAAUAGCGUCGGUGUUGUUGAAUCUUUAGAUGGAAUAAAAUCAGAUUUAAAGAAAAUUGCUGAUGAAACGGCGCAAAAACUCACUUCUGAAUCAACGGAUGCAAUGAAACAAGCUGCAUGGCAAGCCGCUUCUUCCUCUUCCGAGAUUUUGAAACAGGCUGCUUCUGCAGCUGCACAACAAGCUGCUAUUGCAGCCAGUGCUCUUCAUCAAGAAUUGGUUAAUUUAACCGAAACAAAUGAGAAUUUUUCCCCAUUAAUUAGUACAACUUUUGCUAAUGGAAUGGAUUAUUUGAUGGAAGUUGGAAAUCAAAUUCAACAAGCUUUAAUUAAUUUUGGAAUCGAUGUUGACAUUGAUAUCGAACAUAAUGGUGUAACUGAGCGCAUAAAGCAGUCGGAAGUAAAAGAAGGAGUGAAGAACGAUAAAAAUACUUGUACGGAUCAAGAAGUUUUGGAAGAUAAUGGCGAUGAUGCCGUUAACGAUUCGAAUGGCGAUCAGAAAGAUUUGGAGACGCGAUUGAAUGAUAUUCAUAUCUCUUCGCAUGAUAAUAGCACCGAUGAACAAUUGGAGAAUGCUGUGGAUCAAAAUUCGUCUUUUGAUUCUGAUGAACAAUGGACUGUUCUUGAUCAGAAAUGUAUUGAUGCAGAUAAGGGAGAGUUGUUAAAUACUUCGCAAUCAUUAUGCUCUUUCUAUCCGGAUAUUUCGUCGCAGAAAAUUUCUGAAGAUCAAAAUGAUUUGGUUGCUCGCGUUAAUUUCUCGCAAAUCCCAUUUAAAGAUUCUUUUGAUGGGAGUAAAUCGCCUAUUGUUCCUUUACAAACGGAUGAACAAUGGAUUGAUAUGGCCAAUUCAUCGGAAAUGCGCAACAACUCCAUGUUUGGUGUUGAAUCGGUUGAAGUAUGGCAAAGUGAUGCCAAUUCUAAUGCAGUUGGAAAUAUAUGUAUGGCUGGAACGCCUUUUUUUCAUCCUAGUGAUCCUCAUUCUUAUCGUGGUGAACUUUUAAUCGCAGAUAAAAACGUGCGAAGCUGUAUUGAUCAGUUGGAAGUGAUGGGGUUCGACAACUGCAAUGGAUGGCUUACAAAAUUGGCCAUCGAAUUUAAUGGAGAUAUUGAUAAGGUGAUUGAGGAAGCCAGCAAGGAUCCGAUUUAUGUAUCCCGUAUCGAAUCAACUCCUAAGUGA